CUCAUUUGGUCAGGUUUUUGGUUAAGGUUUGUCAAUAAUGCCCAACUUAGUUAACAAUCGGGCGAAUCGUAAACAACAAUGGAUGCCAAAUCAGGAGCACAGGACAAAGUCGUACAAUGUGAACUAUUGUUGGAUAAUCUUCAUGGACGUACACAGGAAUUUGAUAUACUUGAUCUAAGAAUACGGCGUCAAUUUGUGCGUCGUUUCUAUUGCUUGCUAAUUUUACAGUUUUCACUGACAAUACCCUGCGUGGAAAUAUGUCUUCUCCAUCCAAGACCCUUUAUGGAAUUACCAAUACGUCCCAUAUAUUUCGCAUGUCUAAUGGUAAUAUACACCUGGCUAUAUAUCUACCGCAACUGGCGUAGAUCUGGGCCUUUCAAUUACUUCGUUUAUUUGCUGACAUCAAUCACAACGCCAAUUAGUACUACUGUAUAUUUGAUACCCAUUGAGCAGACACGUUGGUUACAUGCAUAUCCAUUGAUGUUGAUUACAACAAUGUUCGUUCUGGUUUUCUACACUAAACAGCAGAAAUUCAAAUUUAGCCAUGCCAUUGGCGUCAUCAUAAUAUAUUUGACCUUUGGGAUGUUCCUGCUGCUGGCCUACUUUAUGGGUAUAUUUUAUAAAAUACUUGGCUUUUAUGCUUGCACCUUGGAGCCAUGGUACGUGAUCUACGAUACGAAUCUAAUGCUAUGCGGUGACCAUGGCUAUAAUCUUCAGCCCAGGGAAUAUCUAUAUGCAGUUGGCAAUAUUCACGCCGAUUUGCCAAAAUUUUUGUGGACAAUAAUUAGACAUUUUAUACUUGGCCCAAUUAAGGAAUUCAUAAAGAUUCUACGAAGCACGCGAACAAAACAGAUUUGCUAG